AUGUCCCAGAGAAACAUAAUUGUCACAUGCCACUUUAACGGUGUUGUUUCAGCAAAUAGCCCUGUUGGAUUCUCGUUCAGCAACACAGAUACAUACGCCUUCAAAAUUCAUGUUAGUUCUGAUUUUUUCCAUUUUAAAGAUAGAAUGGAAAAAAAAUUGGCACAAAGCGUUGAGGAAAUAAUUUAUCGCCAUCCAAUACUUAAUGAAGACGAUUGUACCAUUUUUUACAUAAUGACGCCAAUCCGGAACGACGAAGAUGUGAAGGCAAUGUUUCGGUGCCACAUGGUGUUUGGUCAGUUACCUAUAAUUGAGUUGUAUGUCCGACCACUAGACAAUCCCGAAACAUUUCCGACGCAAGAGACAUAG